AAUCCAAUCAAAUUCAUUCAUCCAUUUUUUAUUAUCUGUUCUCUAUUUUUCUUUUCUCUCAUGCAGCUUUUUCUGGUAGAUAACUGUGCAGACGAAUGGCGGAUAGCAAUGACGUGGUCGCGGGUCGCCCUAAUCACAGCGGAGCUGGUCAUCUGCGCAGUUCACCCUAUUCCUGGUCAUUAUACAUUUACUUGGGUUACACAAUGGGCCUUCACUCACGAAGAACGCGAGGCCGAGGCCGACGUCGAUAUUUUCCUAUCCAUACCCAUGUUUUUACGCCUCUAUCUAAUUUGCAGAGUUAUGUUAUUACACAGUAAGUUAUUCACCGACGCCUCAUCGCGUUCUAUUGGCGCCCUCAACCGAAUCAACUUCAACACUCGAUUCGUCAUGAAAACACUGAUGACGAUAUGUCCCGGUACAGUUCUCCUUGUAGUAACUAUCACUCUUUGGAUCCUCGCCAGCUGGAUCAUGCACGUGUGUGAAAGAUACCAUGAUAAAGACAACAGUGAGAUCCUCAAUGCCAUGUGGAUCGUAUCCAUUACAUUCCUAUCCAUAGGCUACGGUGAUAUGGUACCCAAUACAUACUGCGGGAGAGGGGUGGCCGUCAUCACUGGUAUAAUGGGAGCGGGUUGCACGGCUCUUGUUGUAGCAGUCUUGGCGACAAAGUUAGAGCUGAGCAGAGCAGAAAAACACGUCCAUAAUUUCAUGAUGGAUAAUCAACUUACUAAACGAUUAAAGAAUGCAGCUGCAAAUGUAUUGAGAGAAACCUGGUUGAUCUACAAAUACACCAAACUAGUCAAACACUCAAGCACAAGAAGAAUUAGAAAACACCAAAGAAAAUUUUUAAAUGCGAUUCAUAAAUUAAGAAAAACAAAAAUGGAUCAGCGAAAGUUAGCUGACGAAGCAAGCACGGUCGUUGAUAUGGCGAAGACACAAAACGUCAUGUUCGAGAUGAUAUCAGAUAUGCAUACGGGGAAAGCCGACUUGGAGGACAGGGUUAGUCGUCUUGAACGAAGACUAGAUCAACUACAGACCUCCCUCGAUGGUUUGCCUCAGGUCAUGUCGGCUCUCAUGCAAAACGCUCAACUUCUUCAACAGCAGACACAGCUUCUCUCCUCUCAGCAAUAUCUAGCGCCCCCAUCGCCCAACCUCAUCCAGCCGACAAUGCAAGACAACCGCUUCAACCAGCUACAAUGUCUUGACAAUGACCUCACAACCAAUAACCAUCACGCCGCAAUGAACUCGACGCGUAAUUCCGCAGGGAUGCGGCUGCGACCGCUCCAUUCGUUACCCAUGCAGUUCCCGUCGAACGAAGAACCGCGACGAGACGAUACCGUCAGGGCAUUUAGCAUACCGGAUGUCAGUAUAUCAAAAGAAGGAAACCGCGGACCUUGAUAGUGGUUAUCAUCAACUCAUGAGUGCGCGUAAAAUGUACGGAGAAAGAGUGUAUGUGUGUGUGAGAGAGGGUACGAGGAAGAUAGAGUCGUGAAGCUUCGCUUCCACAUAUCUAAAGUGACUUCCUAAGAUGCUCCAAAGAUGGCAGAUGGCCUGGUCACAAGAUACCUCUGAAAUCCAUGUAUCAAACAGAGAAGAAAAAACACACCAAUGCAACGACCGCACCUUGAUGAGCGCAUUGAGCCGCGCGGUUGCCUGAGAUAAUGGAGUGGUCAGAGUAAUAGACUACUAGUAUUAGCGCCAGUAAAAUUACGCUCUAUGAUUUAGCAUAAUACGGCAAACGAGGAUCAAGUGGCCAUGCUAGAUGAUCGGCCCAUUAACCCUCUUAUCAAUUCUUUGGCACACAUAGAUAGCGAUGAGAGCCCAACUUUCAAUAUUCUAUACUUGUCAGUAUAGAUUGAUGGAAACCAACACUUACUUGAGGAAUAGGGCAAAGGUCUGAACAAUUAAUAGGUACGAUGAUGCAUUCCAAAGACAAUAACUGAAGCCAGCCGUUGCCGCACCUAUAUAAGAACAAAGAAGCUCGUUGUUAUAUCGGCGGAUAAAAUGAUUUCCGCAGCCGAUGCAAGAAGUGCCGACAUGCAAAAGGGCUGUCAGUGACUAUAAGUAGCUGACGUAGAGGGCGAUAUUCUCUUCAGGAGAUCUAACUAUAAGUCCUUCUCUCACUGAAAUUAUAGGAAUUAAUUUUAUCUAUAUAAAGGUAGCCUCUUCAAAUGCAAAGUGUUAACUACCUGUUUAAAAAAUGUAUUUAUCCUCAAAAUUGAUGUAGUUUUCUUUAUUCCAAUAUUUUUAAUAUUCUAAUGACGGUACAUUCUCACAUUGGGAAUAAAUUCAAAUUUGCAUCAAAACUGCUUUUCUAUAGUUAAAAAGGUAAUCUAGUAAGUGUACGGGGCUCUGAUAUAUAGAUUAUCAUAGCCACUCAAAUUAUAACCACCUUGGUAUCGAUUGUUACGGUUUAUAAUCGAAUAAUAGAUUCGAUCGCCAGGGAUAUAUAUACUCGUUUAUAACCGCACUCAACUUCCUAUGCAUUAUUGCCCGUGAAGCGUUCCAUAGUCACGGAUGGCAAAGAGUGGUGAACAUGUAUUGGGAAAUGUUAUUACAAGUUAUCAAUAUUCACUUAUUUAGUGCUGCUUUAUACUUUUCCUCGGAAUAUACGGGUCGAUAGAACUAUAAGGUGUGUUUCGUAAUCAUCAUAUAUACACAUAGCUUCAAUAUAAUGUCUAGGAAAUAGUCACAUUUUGCUACUAUUAUCUCUUUAUAAACAACAGCGAGAUAUACAAUAAUAAAUGUGCUUUAUAAUCGAAGUCAAAUACUUUUUUUCAGAUGAGGGAAUUAGAGUGCAGUGAUAUUUUCUAUCUUUUCUUUUUUUUUCUUAGUCCAUGAGAUAAGAUUUUCAUAUUUUACUGGGUUUCGGGGAGUUUUACUUUUUAAUUUAUCUGGAUCACCUUUUCGUAUUUUGUUAAACUUUUGGUGUAUCGACAGAAGUUUAAGUAACAUUGACCCAAUAUUAAGAAUUAAAAGAAAGAACUGCACACUUAUUAGGUAAGAUUUUAAGCAGAAUGUGUAUUUCAUAGGAGAAUUUUCACGGAGCCUAGCAUCAAAUUAACCAUAUUUACAGCAAACAUCUUUCACAAUUUUAAUUUUUAAUAUGGAUUUUUAGAGUGACCCCAAAUUGAUGUGAAAGUAAUUUUAUAGUAAUUGCUUAUUGUUUAGUAAUAUUUUACCAUUAACUUUUUAUCCCCACUUAGAACCGAAAAAAAUCCUUUCUUUUCCAUUCUUUAUUUAAGUAUUUUUAUAUACAAAUUGUUCUUACUCGAACCAUGUUUUGAACAGACACUUGCUAUAUGUUUUUAAUCAUAUUUGUCAUAAUUUUGAAGAGACAAUUGUCUAUGUUUAGAAAAAAAAUGUACAACAUCGUAAUUUGAUAUUGUACAAAACGAUAUUUUUCAAUUAUUCGAAAUCAGUAACACAAGGUAAACCGUCCAAUCCAUCAAAAUAUGUUUAUAAUAGAAAAACAAACUUUAAUUUUUUUUAUGAUGGUUAUGUUGUCAAAGUAUGCAGAAUAUUUUUUGUUAUGGAGUUGUUUUAAAGAAAAAUCCUUCUUUGAAUCGGUAUUCGUAAAAAGAAAGUUUUUUCCGGGGGGUUGUCUGUCGUAGUUUAAUCGAUUUCAUUUUUUUUUCGCUUUGUGAAAAAAAAAUCGGGAAAGAAAGGUGAAUUUCUUGCAAAUCACUAAUGAGACCUCAACAUGUGCACUGCACUAACGCAUACACAAUAGCACGCCCUUUACGACAGUAUCGGUCUUACCUAUGAUUUUUAUAUUGAUACCUCUUACGCGUAUUUAACUUUAACUUACCCCCAAUGAAUGAAGAGCUCGAUUUAGAUAAUCACUUAAUUAAUGUAAUGCAAGAAAGAAGAUGAAUAAGCAACAUGAAUACAAAAUAAUUUAUUUUAGAGGAA